CAUCUGUGCUCAACAAGCCUCUGUAGUAGUAAUUUAUUGCGAAUAUUACCUACGAGUUUUUAUUUAGUUUUCCCUUUAAAAUUUUGUGUUUAAGGCAGCCUAGCCCAAAUGUGCAUAUACACGCCGUGUGAUUACAUGCUUUUACAUCUAUCGUUCUCUAUAGCUGCGUUAUUAAGUUUGGUUCAAAUCGACUUGCUAAGCCUAAAGGGCACUAACUUGAAAGAUUUAGAUUUUUAUGGGGACGAUAACUGUGAAGACAUUAAAAUGAUUGUGAAAACGCAUCAAAUGUUACUAAGUCUCGCGGGACGACUAAACAAAAUUUUUAAGGAGAUAAUUUUUUCUCAAGUUUAUUUGUCAUCGGUGAUUAUUUGCUGCUAUUUAUUUACUGCCGUGUUUCAGAUCUCAAAAUGUGGUGUAGCCCCAAUUCUGGGUGACCUAAUGGCCUCAGUGGGUGUGUUAGUGGAGAUAUUUACUUUAGCAGUGCCUGGCCAGGUCAUCGCUGAUACUAGCUCGGGCAUAGCAUAUGCAGCGUAUCAGAGCCCGUGGUACGAGAGAAGUUACAAAUUCAGAAAAUACAUUGCUAUAAUAAUUGUCAGAGCUCAAAAGCCAUUUCAUCUUUCUGCUUUAGGAUUUUCUGAUCUAACACUUGUAAUGUUUUCUAAGGUAGUCAGCACAACUUGGUCAUAUCUGUCUUUAUUGAACCAAAUGACUAAAAAUUUAGACCUCUAAUUUUAUUAUCUAAUACUACUCUUAGCUUAAGGCGGAUACACACAUGCGCAGGCGCAUAUAGACCGUGCACACACACGCAUCAUAAGAACAUUACGUGGUAAUAUUCACGAAUAGUCUGAAGCUGAGAAUUAUAAGCACCCUUUGGCCUUUGCUUCGUCGCUGGCGUUUCUGUGUCGUUUUGGUUCAAGCAAAAUCUCAGCCUCAAUC